AUGUCUGGGUCCAGGGGUCCCCCACAGUCAAAUAAUCGAUAUACCGAUUAUGAUUAUGAGUAUGGCUCAUCCAAACCAGCAAGGUCUAAGAAACCUCCAUUUAAUAGUAACCAGCGAAGGGAUUUUACAAAAGGCUUACCAGGGUCAUCAUCGCUAACACAUUCCAUGGGUGCCAGUGAUGACUUCAUGGGAGGAAGCAGCUCUGGUGCAGGACGUCGAUAUGGGUCUAGUAGAGGAGGAGGUGCGUAUGGUUCCUACGGAUCUAGCAUAUAUGGAAACAACAGUAAUAGUAAUAAUUCCUCUCCAGGCGGUGCAGGAGGCUCUGGUAGCGGAGGAGGAGGAAAUGAUAGAUAUGGAGGGUACAACAAACCGUGGCGAUCUUCAAGCAGUGGAGAGUUGAAGUCAAUGAAUACUGCAAAUAAUGGUGGAAAUAGUGGAGGGGGUAGCUCAGGAGAUAACUUCAGAAAAGACAGGUAUGACUCGUACUCUGGAGGCAAUAUCAACAACAGUAAUCCUUCUUCCGGACGAAAUUCAUUAUCCAACUCAGGAAGUCGACCUUUUGGGAAAAGAGUGAAUUCUUACGGUGGCAGCAGCUCCCUUAGUGCUGGUGGAAGUCCUAGCACAGGUACUUCCAGUUUUGGUUUCGGGUCUGGUUCUGGCUCAGGAAUAGGUGCUGGAUCCAGUUUAGGUUCUGGCCACGAAGCUAGCGCAAACGGAAGUAGCUCAUUAUUAAAUUCUGGCGCCAAAAGAGUAAGCGAUACGUACUACCCAUCGAGAGGUUACAGCUCAUUGUCACAAUCUGGAGGCAAAGGUGUAGAUAGGUAUUCAAGUAAGUAUCGUGGAGGCUUUAAAGGCAAGGGUAAAAGGUAUGGAGACGAGGACCAAAGGAGAGAUUAUUAUGCAUAUCAACAUCAUCAGAGCCAGCAUCUGCAAUCACAACAAUAUCACCAAGGUGGAAGACUCAAAGAUGAGGACAGAAACUAUGAUAGAUACGGCUCAUCGGCUUAUUCGAAAGAUGAUGGGUACAGGAAACCAUAUAAAAGAGAGGAUGAAGAUGAGUAUUCUAACGUAAAUGAAAGUGGUACUUCUGUGAAACGUGGUGAAGAAAAGGACCUGGAACUUAGUAGCAAACUUGAAGAAGCUGAUUAUCAUGACCGUGAGCGUAGUAGGUCUGAAAGACAAGAAGACGACGAAAACGAUGAGGACGACGACGUCGAUGUAGACAAUGACGAUGAUGAAGACGAUGACGAUGACGAAGAUAAUGAUAAUGAAGAGGCUGACGAAAGCAACAGAUCCUUAACUAUCGAACCCACUUCAAUCAAUAUAUCUGCAGGGAAUGGUCCUAAUACUGAUGAUACUGAUACAUCGGUAGCAACACCCAUAGAACCCGCCACCGACGUUAAAAUAGAAAAGAUACCAGUUUCAGAAUCAAAACCAAAGUUAUUUUUACAAACGCCUGUUGAUGUUUCCAACGAAAUUAUGUAUGAAGAAGGUUGUAUAUAUCCAUUGAACUUUAUGGAAACUGAAUUCAAGAAACUAAAGGAAGAAUUUGAAAGGAAGACUAAAGUUGAAGAUACACUUGAAACUGACAAGGAAAAUGAACUGGUUGGUUUCAAAUUGCCUUACAUAACGAAAAAGCCCAUUCUGGAUUUCCAAGAUUAUCCAUUUUACUCCCAGAACAUUGGCGCAUUUGUGGACCACAAACUCGAAAAAUUGACGUCCCAAAUAAAGGAAAAUAAUAGAAUUAUUCAAAGAAAGAAAAUAUCAUUAUGGAAUAGUAGUGCCCUCAGUUGGAAGAAAUGGCAAUCUAAGAGCAAUAAUAUGGAUCAGCAAUUGAAGGUUAUACAUCCACCAGAUGAUGAGAUGAGAAGAGAAAUUGAUUCAAUUGACAUCAGAGUGAAAAAUGAUGAUAAGGGUAAUGAAAAUGGAAAUGGAGGUGUAAGUAGUGGAGUCACACACGAUGACUUGGAACAACCCGGUGUUGGAGCCAACAGUGGAUCAUCUCAAAGCAAUGGUGCUGGAGGGAGACGUAACCGUCGCCAUGGCGAUCUAGUUACUACUGAAGCCGAGUUUCAAGAAAUAUUACAAUCGUUGGAAAAGGAACAAUUAGAAGAUCCAAUGGUCAAAGCUCAACAUGUGUCUGCUAAAAUUCCAGAUUUCAUAUUAGAUCCAGUUAAAAGAGAUUGCAUAAAGUAUAUGGAUUCCAAUAACAUGGUGAUUGAUAAACAAAAUUGGUCAAAAAGAGUUCAUACCGAUUUCCAGGAUACAUUUUCUUUUGAAGAGCAUGAAUUGUUCUGUGAAGGAUUUUGCAUGAUGCCUAAAAGGUUCGGUGCUAUUUCGAGACAUAUGGGUCGCUUAAGGACUGCAGAGGAGUGUGUUUUGCAUUACUAUCUUACAAAAAAAGCAGUAAACUAUAAGCUAAUGGUGAACCAGUUUAAGAAGAAAGCUAAUAAGAGGGCAGCUGGUGGUCGCCGAAAGAGUGCAAAAACUAGAAAUGUUUCUCAUUCUAACACUCCAAUCACUACUCCAAGCAGUACUGAUCCUAGUGGUACAAACAAUAACAUUAGCAGUAGCACUGAGGACCUCGGUGUUGUCGCGGCUGAAGUUGCUGCUGAGAUUGCAACAGUUGCAAAUUCUAAACUUGUUUCAGAAGAAUUGUAUACUGAAACUGGUAGAAGAAAGAGAGCUGCCGCUCCAAUUUUCAAGGAAAGCAAUGAAGGUAGUGAGCCUGCUAAAAAGAAGCAAUCGAAGAAGAAAGAAGAUAACAUUGUUUCUCUGGCUGACACCGUGAAUACUCUUCCUGUGGCAGUUGUGGCCAAUUCAAGCGAUCCAACUAAAACUGAAAUAGUUUCUGCUCCAAUCACUGGUCUUGUGAAUCCUGAACAAGUGGAGAUUGUAGCACAACCUUUGGUACUUGACCAACCUUUACGAGCAGCAGAUCAAAUUGAAAGUAUUCCUGCUUCAGUAGUUUCUGCUCCAGUGCCAUCUAGUUCAAAUGAAGCAGAUGCUUCGCAAGAAAUUCCUGAAGAAUCAGAUAAAUUCAGUGAUAGUAAGGAUAAGAAGAAGGCGAUCACUAGUUAUUGGAGUAUAACAGAGGCAAAUUUAUUUCCUAGUUUAUUGGCAGAACAUGGAACAAAGUGGACAACCAUUGCUGAUAUCUUAUCGACAAAAACUGCUACCAUGGUUCGUAACUAUUUCCAAAGAAAUUCAGAAAAGCAUGGAUGGGGUGAUAUUGUUAAGGUGGCUGAUGCAAGAUUAGAGGCAAAGUUUGCUGCAGUUUUGGGUCAGGAUGCUCCAGUUGGAUCAGCAGCAUCUACCAAUACAAGUCCUACGGUUGCACCAAUUAUUUCUAGUCCAAACCCACCUCCAUCAAUUAAGAUUCCAGUGGCAGCCACCUCGUCAGCUUAUCCUCAGAUUUACGACACCCAGGUGAAUGGUGGACUUAAGAUAGGAACAUUUCAGCAUUCAUAUUCCCAGCCCCAGCAAGAGCAAAGUUUCGCAUCUGUACCGAGUAAGAAACCAUCUAUUAAUUCACUUCUUCUGAGUGAUAGCACUUAUCCUAAGUACAAACCGUACCCUGAUAUCUUUUCACUGCAACCUUCGCAACCGCAGCCGCUUCCUCCACCUGUACACUCACAACCACCUUUACAGCAACAGCAUCAAUCGGUACCAAUUCCUCCCGUAGAAGCUAAGGCUUCUGCGCCGCCACCUCUACCAGCCAAGGCCCAACCUCCGCCGCAAAGAUCAUCUAUCAUGAGUUUAUUGAAUUCUGAUUCGUCGCCGGUUAAGAAUCCGUAUAUUCCUAUGUCACAGCCUUCUAGUAGCUUGAAGUCCCUCUUGAACUCUCCUCCAAACCCUUCAGCUCAACAGGAACAGUUUGAGCAAAAUCAAAGCCAACAACACCGAACCCCAUCUGGAAAUGGGUUAAGCACUCUACUUUCUGCUGCAAGCUCACAACCAUAUACCCCUACGAGCAAAUGA